AUGUCACUGCUACGAUGCUACAAGCCCACCAAGUACUCCGUACAACACCACUGGACCUUUCCCAGCGACACGGCAGCGCCAACCCAUGUUUGGCGUAGCGGUGGUGGGAUCGACUGGUGGGCACCAGGUACUUCUCCCGCCAGCCAGCCAAACGCCCAAGCUCCUCUCUCCUUCUACCAUCGCGAACCCUACCACCUUUUCUCUUGUCGUGAUCCCGUCACUUUCGAGCAUUUGGAUAGCUCUCAUAUCUUGUCUCAAAGUGCAUCCCAUCUCUACAAUCCAGACCUCCUACCCUGCACACAUACCAUCCGUGCUCGAGCUCCCGACGACUGA